UGCACAACACUGCCAUAAAAUUCUUUAUGCAGAAAAAUGACCAUCCAAAGUAUUUCUGUUGAAUAUGACGCAAGAAAUGAAGACAAUGUAUUUUUCAAAGGAGACACAGUAACUGGAAGAAUUGUGCUGGAAGUUGCUAAAGAAACAAAAAUUGAGUGUCUGUCUGUGAAGGCCAAAGGAAAAGCAGUCGUGUCAUGGACUGAACAUUAUGGGCCAAACCUUCAUAUCACAUAUUCUUCCAAAGAGAAGUUUUUCUCCAUUAAAAAGACAAUCCUGCAAAACCCAAGAGGAGGCUCUGAAAUUCUGACCCCUGGAAGGCAUGUUCAUCCUUUUAGUUUUGAAAUACCUUUAAUGGAUUUGCCAUCAACUUUCAAAGGCAAACACGGUAAAAUCAAGUAUUUCAUCGAAGCCAGAGUAUCCAGAUCCAUGAUGUUGGACAGCAAAGCCAAGACAAAUUUCACUGUACUUUCAAAGGAUGAGGUGUCAAUUCCUAAUGUGAUGAUUCCACAGCAAAGGAACAUUGAAAAACAUUUUGUGUUGUUUGCAUCUGGAAAUGUAACUCUGAAUGUGACCACUGAAAAGAUGGGCUACCUGCAAGGAGAAUCCCUUAAAGUCAAAGCUGAAAUAAUCAACAAUUCAACUCAUACAGUGACUCCCAAAUUCAUUCUGUACGAGAAGCAAUGCUUCUAUGCAGAGAAACGGAGAAAAAUCUACACCAAAGACAUCCUGAAGGAGAAGGGUGAAUGUGUUUCUGCACAGACCCAACAGAAUGUGACCAAAAUACUGACAAUCCCUCCAGAUCUACCUGGAACCAUCUUUAACUGCCCCAACAUCCAACUGGAAUACAGACUCAAGGUUAUUCUUCAUGUGUCAUUCUGCAGAAAGUGUGAGGUGAGGUUACCCAUUGUUGUUCUGACAACUCACACUCGUUCUCAGUCAGAGGACCUGCAGGAGAAACAGAACAAGAGCUGGUUCAGGUUCAGCUGAACAGACGAUUUUCCUGACAACUGGAUAAAAAUGGCACUUUGAUUGAUGUGUAAUAACCAGUAUUUACUUCUGCCAAGGAAAUCAUUGCUGUGGUCUGUAUAUUUGUCUUUUAGUUGGUGUAGUGAAAAACUGAUAACUAUUUUGAAAACUAUGGAUGUUUGAGCUCUCUCAAGAGGCAGUACUCAUUCACUGCUGGUGCUGAUUCCAAUCUGGAUCCAGUGCCAAAAGAUGAAUCGUGUCACUGUUAGAUUUUUAUUUUUUCUAGUUUGUAUAUAUACCUUUACAACACCUGUGACUGAUAAACAGUUCUGGUCAGUAUUACUGAUACCCUUGAAUUUUAAUUACAGAAUUUAUAAUAUGUUCAGAAAAAAAUACAAAUGAACCAGUUUGUAAAAUCAUAAUAUUUACUAAAGGAUCCAAAGGUAUUGAACAACAACAAAAUACUUUCAUAUACUGAAAUUUAAACACAAAAUCACUUUCAGUUUUCUUUUGAAAAGGCAGGAGAUAGACACAUGAACAUUACCAACUCACUGAAUAUGUGAGUUCAUUUACAUAAAUCAUUUAAGAAAUUACAAAAAUGAUGUGUGGUAAAUAUGUAUAAAUUAGGCAGUCCUGAAAAAUGAGUGACCAACAAGAAUGAGGCUAGUGAGGGAAGCCACCAAGACAACUCUGAAGAAAUUACAGGCUUCUAUAGCUAU